CAAGGGAGCGCAGGGCAGGGUGACUUCUCCUGUCGCAUUAUCAGAGGCAGAGCGCCCAGCUCCACGAACUUCGCUUGAGGCUCCCGAUAGGCGCCAGCGGGAGACAAUCUAGGAGACCAAACCCAAACCCGACCCUCCGCGGUCGCCAACCCCACCCGACCGGCUUGUCUUCUCCCCUGCUGCCCACGGAGCCAAACGGGGGCGAGAGGGAGCCCCAGAAGCAGCGCAGGGCAGGUUAGCCGGCGCCAAACUCUCCAGACUAGCCCGCGCUCGGAACCCGAGCCUUCGGGCAGUCGCCAGAGCGGGAGCCACCCGGCCACUAACCCAGCCCCGGGCCGCUCCCUCCCCAGAGGCUCCCCAGGCCGGCCCCGGCCCCUUCGCCUCAGCCCGCACCGUCGUCGGGGGCCGGCGAAGAUGUCCGCCAAGCCCGGGGUCAGCUUCGCCAGCGAGGCUUCUCGGCAGAUCCUGGCCGGCGGUUCCGCGGGCACCAGGACAAGAAUUCUGGUACCUGAUUCUUCAAGGUACAAUGUGAAUUUUCAAGGUCUUGUAGAAAUUUGCUUGAUGCACCCCCUCGAUGUGGUGAAAACCAGAUUCCAGAUCCAGAGACGUGCAACUGAUCCACAUAGUUAUAAAAGCUUAGGAGACAGCUUUCGAAUGAUUUUCCGCACAGAAGGGUUGUUUGGCUUUUACAAGGGAAUCCUGCCACCCAUCUUGGCUGAAACACCAAAAAGGGCAGUAAAGUUUUUCACCUUUGAGCAGUACAAGAAAUUGCUAGGAUAUGUGUCACUGUCACCAGCAUUGACAUUUACCAUUGCUGGAUUGGGAGCAGGACUAACAGAAGCCAUCGUGGUUAACCCUUUUGAGGUAGUAAAAGUUGGCUUGCAAGCCAAUCGGAACACAUUUAAAGAGCAACCAUCUACUAUGAGUUAUGCAAGACACAUCAUCAAGAAGGAAGGCUUCGGACUCCAGGGCCUCAACAAAGGAUUUACAGCAACUUUGGGACGUCAUGGAGUUUUCAACAUGGUUUAUUUUGGCUUCUACCACAAUGUCAAAAACAUUAUCCCUGUCAAUAAGGAUCCAACCUUGGAGUUUUUCAGAAAAUUUGGGAUUGGUCUUGUCUCGGGCACAAUCGCCUCAGUCAUUAACAUCCCUUUUGAUGUUGCCAAGAGUAGGAUUCAAGGGCCUCAGCCAGUUCCUGGAGAGAUCAAGUACAGAACUUGUUUUCAAACAAUGGCAACAGUCUACCAGGAAGAAGGGAUUUUAGCUUUGUACAAAGGCCUGCUUCCCAAGAUUAUGAGGCUUGGACCAGGUGGUGCAGUGAUGCUGCUGGUUUAUGAAUACGCCUAUUCAUGGCUUCAGGAGAAGUGACUGGGAACUCCAGAUGUCAAUGGGAGUUUUACAAGAUCAAAGGAAGACUAUGGCCCUGAGAGUUCAUCUGCUCCUUCUGCUUAUUCUUCUCCUGAAGUUAUAAUCCUCUGUUUGUAGCACUGAAUUUCAGUUGCUUUAGAAAUAGAUGCAGUUCAAAGCUCCCUAUAAGAUAUCGGCUGCUUAAAAAAGCAACUCCUUGAACAUAACUUGUGUGUCAGAAAUCUGCUUACUGUUUAUAUCCCAGUGAUUUGAAAAUGUGGCUAAUCUAGCCAUCUGAGUGUUAAAUGCAGUCAUGGAAAUGAUGUGACGGAACUGGAUUGCCAUAUAGGCUGUGCACAGCAUAUAUAGGAAAAAAAUCAAAAUCACCUAACGAAUGCAUUUUUAACAUCCAUAUAUAGCAAUGUGCCCUUUUAGUUAUUGCACAGAAUUAAUACCAAAAGACCCACAAUAUAUUAAUUUUCCAAUAGAUGAAUUGUACCAAUGAUUUUAAAAUGUAUUUUCAAGCCUAUAUUGCCAAGCAGGAACAACCAUCUAAACAGAAGAGAUCAAAACCACAGAAUUU